AUGUUGACAAAGAAGCUUCCACCCGUGCAGAGUUUUCUGUUGCUGUUCUCCAGACGGGUCAGCCACCUCACUAGACAGCAGUAUGAUGUCAUCGUGGUGGGUGGGGGUCAUGCUGGAACCGAGGCGGCAGCAGCCGCAGCCAGAGUUGGAGCUAAAACACUCCUGGUCACACAGAAGAUCCAGACUAUUGGGGCGCUGUCCUGUAACCCAUCCCUUGGGGGAAUAGGGAAGGGCCAUCUUGUGAGGGAAAUCGAUGCUCUGGAUGGACUGUGCGGUCGCGCUGGGGAUUGGGCUGGAAUUCAUUUCUCUGUUUUGAACCGCCGAAAAGGACCUGCUGUGUGGGGGCCGCGAGCCCAGUUGGACCGCCAGCGUUACCGGGAAUUUAUUCAGUCUGAGCUGUUGUCCACUCCCGGCCUGACGGUGUUGGAGGGCUCAGUGCAAGAGCUGCAUGUAACGGAGCCAAGUCCAGAGGAGCCUGGACGCCACAGAGUUACUGGGAUAUGUUUGGCAGAUGGCAGCCCACCAAUAUCAGCCAGUUCAGUGGUUCUUACCACUGGUACCUUUUUGUGUGGUUCCCUCUUUGUGGGCCAAACGACAUCCCCUGGAGGUCGUAUUGGAGACGCUCCAUCAAGCGCUGGGAUGUCACAAAUACUGAGGGAGAGACUGGACCUGAGGAUAGGUAGAUUGAGGACCGGUACCCCCCCAAGGAUUGUAAAGGAUUCCGUGGACCUCCACUUGGCCCAGCUUCACCCCCCUGACAGCCAUCCAACGCCGUUUAGCUUCAUGAAUACCCAAACAAGCUGCAAGCCAGAGGACCAGCUGCCCUGCUAUCUGACCUACACGACCCCUGGUGUUGAUAAAGUGGUAAAGGAGAGUCUUCAUCUCAACUGUCACAUACAAGAAGACACCAAAGGACCAAGAUACUGCCCCUCUAUUGAAUCAAGGGUGCUGCGCUUUCCAGGCCGGAGUCAUCAGGUGUGGCUGGAACCUGAGGGGGUGACCUCCAACCUUUUGUACCCACAGGGUCUCUCUAUGACCAUGCCCCCUGACAUGCAACUCCGCCUCAUCAGAGAAAUCCCCGCCAUGCACAGAGCAGAGAUCCACACACCCGGUUAUGGCGUUCAGUAUGACUUUGUGUGUCCCACUCAGCUGAGUCCCUCUCUACAAGUGAAAAGCACUCAAGGUCUCUUCCUGGCCGGUCAGAUCAAUGGAACAACGGGGUACGAGGAGGCUGCUGCACAGGGCUUGUGGGCAGGGGUAAACGCUGCCCGCUGGGCACUCUCCAUGCCUCUGGUGGCGCUGUCUCGAACAGAAAGCUAUAUUGGAGUUCUCAUUGAUGAUCUGGUGAGCCGGGGCGUGACCGAGCCUUAUCGCAUGUUCACCAGCCGAGCGGAGUUUCGAACCUCCCUAAGGCCGGACAACGCAGACCUCCGCCUGACGCUAAAAGGAUUUGAAGUGGGAUGCGUGUCCUCCUUACGCUACAAGGAGGCCGUAAAAGUGAAGGACCGUCUUCAGGAGGCAAUGGCGACUCUCGAGACUCUCACGCUGUCCACGGCCAGCUGCAGGAAGAAGCUGCCGGACAUUGGUGUCAGUGAAAACAAGAACAGCUCGCUCAGUGGAAUGGAACUGCUGCAGUACAAGGACAUGUCCUUUGAAAUGUUGGCAUCUGUUUUCCCCGAAAGUCUAUCACGUUACAUGGAAUUCUCACAACGGCUCAAGAUAGAGGCUGUGUACAAGCCUCACUGUGACCUAAACAAGAAAGAAAUUGAGAGAAUUCAAAAGGAGGAGAACAUGGCUCUGCCACAGGACAUCGACUACUUCUCCCUGCCGGUGUCUAUGUCUAAGGAAGUCAGAGAGAUCCUGGACAGAGUUCGACCAAGCACUCUGGGUUCUGCCACUCGUCUGGAAGGUGUGACCCCUGCUGCAGUGGUCGCUCUCUUUAAUUAUGUUCAGGUUACUGGUAGAAAGGAGAGAAAACGACACAGAAACCAGCAAGAACGAAAAGAGGAAGAAGACGAGGAGGUGUGCAAAAGAAAUGCAUCUUUACCUCAGUGA